CCUGUGGGUGCCACCGCGUCCCUGGUCCUAGCCGGGGCUCACCACAGAGGCCUAGACGCCCGCGGGUGGAGACGCGGGCAGAUCCGCGCCAGGGCAGCCGGAAAAGCCGCGCGGCUCUCAAGCCCCUCAGAGCACGUCCCUUGCCUCUUCUGGAAAGUCAGCCCGUCUCCCUUCGGGCACGGGCGCCCCGGGACCCCGGGGGCUGCUGAGCUGGGGGGGCGUUCGAGCUGCGAGGAUCCGGGCUGCCCGCCGGACGAGGAGCGGGCGCCCAGGAUGGGGUGCAUGAAGUCCAAAUUUCUCCAGGACAGAGGCAAGGUCUCAAAAACCGAGCCCAGCACCAACCCACACAGCCCUGUGUAUGUGCCAGAUCCCACAUCUACAAGCAAGCGGCGUUCUGACAACAGCAACAACAUCCCACCAGGGUCUGCGGAUGUAGGUCCCGAUGACAUCAUUGUGAUCGCGCUAUAUGAUUACGAGGCCAUUCACCAUGAAGACCUCAGUUUCCAGAAGGGAGAUCAGAUGGUGGUCCUGGAAGAGUCUGGGGAGUGGUGGAAGGCUCGAUCCCUGGUCACCCGGAAGGAAGGCUACAUCCCAAGCAACUAUGUUGCCCGCGUUGACUCUCUGGAGACGGAGGAGUGGUUCUUCAAGGACAUCAGCCGGAAGGAUGCAGAGCGCCAGCUCCUGGCCCCCGGCAAUGUACUGGGCUCCUUCAUGAUCCGGGACAGCGAGACCACCAAAGGAAGCUAUUCUCUCUCUGUGCGAGACUACGACCCCCAGCACAGGGACACGGUGAAGCAUUACAAGAUCCGGACCCUGGACAGUGGGGGCUUCUACAUCUCCCCACGGAGCACCUUCAAUACCCUGCAGGAGCUGGUGGCCCACUACAAGAAGGGGAGUGAUGGACUCUGCCAGAAGCUGACAGUGCCCUGCGUGUCCUCCAAGCCCCAGAAGCCAUGGGAGAAAGAUGCCUGGGAGAUCCCCCGGGAAUCCCUCAAGCUGGAGAAGAAACUCGGAGCCGGGCAGUUUGGGGAAGUCUGGAUGGCCACCUACAACAAGCACACCAAGGUGGCCGUGAAGACGAUGAAGCCAGGGAGCAUGUCGGUGGAGUCCUUCCUGGCAGAGGCCAACCUGAUGAAGACCCUGCAGCACGACAAGCUAGUGAAGCUGCACGCGGUGGUCACAGAGGAACCCAUCUACAUCAUCACGGAGUUCAUGGCCAAAGGAAGCCUGCUGGACUUCCUGAAAAGUACAGAAGGGAGCAAGCAGACAUUGCCCAAGCUCAUUGACUUCUCAGCCCAGAUUGCAGAAGGCAUGGCCUUCAUCGAGCAGAGGAAUUACAUUCACCGAGAUCUCCGAGCUGCCAAUAUCCUGGUCUCUGCAUCCCUGGUGUGUAAGAUCGCCGACUUUGGCCUGGCACGUGUCAUCGAGGACAAUGAGUACACAGCUCGGGAAGGGGCCAAGUUCCCCAUCAAGUGGACAGCUCCUGAAGCCAUCAACUUUGGCUCUUUCACCAUCAAGUCAGAUGUCUGGUCCUUUGGUAUUCUGCUGAUGGAGAUCGUCACCUAUGGCCGGAUCCCUUACCCAGGGAUGACAAACCCAGAGGUGAUCCGGGCGCUGGAGCGCGGGUACCGCAUGCCUCGACCAGAGCACUGCCCUGAGGAGCUCUACAGCAUCAUGACACGCUGCUGGAAGAACCGCCCUGAGGAGCGGCCCACCUUCGAAUAUAUCCAGAGCGUGCUGGACGACUUCUACACGGCCACCGAGAGCCAGUACCAACAGCAGCCGUGAUGGGCGAAUCCUGGCGGGGCUAGGUACCCAGCUGAUGCCUAAGGGUUGGCUCUAGCGCAGCCUGCCAGGUCCUGCUCACGGUUCCCCACAGACACCGGCCCGCCCCUCCUCGGUCCAGCCACAGUUCCGCAUCUGUCAAGUGGUUUGAACUGGACAGUCUCUUUUUGACUCCAGCAGUCUACAAAUCUGCCGUCCUCAGGAGACCCCAAGUUGAUAUGUCUAUUGCCUGGGACAGCUGGAUUCCAGUUACCUCUGUGGUUGCGAUGGGAAACUUUAAAAAUGAUGGAAUAAAUAUUUAAAUAAAAGACACAAAGGCUAAAGUCUUUACUGACAGAUUGGCUUGUCUUGUCCUGCCAGUUCGUGACUAUCAUCUAUUUGCCUUUUUGCUGGAUGACACAUCAGAGAAGAGGAAGGACCCUUCCAAAGACCAGGAGUAUGAAGAGAAGUGGGGUCCAAGGCUUCCGAGGUUUCUAACUGCCCACCCCCGCCCCCGCCAAUUAGUCACUGGCUGUAUUAGUUUCCUAUGGCUUCUGUAACAAAUGACCACAAACUUGGUGGCUUAAAAACACAAAUUCAUUAUCUUACAGUUCCAGAGGCAGAUGUCUGAAAUGGAUUUAGCAAGCCUGUGUGCCUUUCGGAGCCUCUAGGGGAGAAUUCAUUUCCUUGCCUUUUCUAGCUUCUGGAGACUGACAUGUCCCCGGACUCUUGCUUCUUUGAUACCCAUCCCUUCAAACUGCUUGUCAUGACAGCUCCUUCUCUGACUCUGUCUCCUGCCUCCCUCUUCCUCUUGUAGGGACACCUGUUGGUACAUUGGGCCCGCCUGGAUAAUCCAGACUAACUUUUCCAUUUCAAGGUCCUUAUUCACAUCUGCAAAGCCCCAUAUUCACAGGUUCCAGGGAUUAGGACAGUGACAUCUUGGGUGUGGGAAAAGGGCUUUAUUCUGCCUAUCACACUGGCACUGGGAUGCUGGAUGGCUUUUUGUCUGCAAAGAGCUGAAUCUGACAAGAUGAUAAGAAUGACUUUUCGGGUGCCUGGGUGACUCAGUGGGUUAAGCCUCUGCCUUCGACUCAGGUCAUGAUCCCAGGGUUCUGGGAUGGAGUCCAGCAUUGGGCGCUCUGCUCAGCCAGGAGCCUGUGUCCCCCCUCCGCCCCUCUGCCUGCCUCUCUGCUUACUUGUGAUCUCCCUCUGUGUGUCAAAUAAAUAAAUAAAAUCUUUUUUAAACAAUCUUUUAAAAAAAUACAAUUAAAAAAAAAAGAAUGACUUUUCAAAUUGGGGCCCUGACUUUCCUGAUGACCCACACUGAUACACAAGCUGGUUAGUCUGGGUCUCCCCGAGGGCUGCUGGGCUGUCCACAGGCUGGGCAUUGCCCAUGGCCAAGCAGCCAUCAUGGUUGUUAAGAUGGUAUCCACCAUUGUAGGAAUACCAGGGCCUGGAGAUGUGGUUGCUGAGAGGUAUUUGGUAGCCUGCAUGAGAAGCUCUCAGUGGAGGGGAGGGAGAUGUGGGAAGGAUUCAGAGAAGACAAGGAAGCAGUGGGCCUUUCCUGCAUGUUGUUUUAAUCGAAAGCAUUAGCUUUCAUUGUAAGGGAAAUGGUGGGAAGAGGUGGACAGUGAGAUGGGGGAACCAAUGACAUCUUUCUAUAUUAUUGCAUCUCCUGAAGAUUUACAUCACAGCACCUGCCAGGGUCCCCUGGGACCCUAUAUUGAACUUGUUCUGCACCCCAGAGUAGCACAGAGGAGCUGGGAAUAAGCGGUGGAAAAUAGCAGUGUUUCAGUUUACCUAAUGGGUAACUGAAUUUCUAUCCUGCUUUCUCAUUUGGGAUAUAUCUUUGGGUAUCUGAAAGCAGAGCUUAGGCUCCUUUGGUAGGAAUUUGCACUCACGAUUUGUGGUAUAGCUCUUCAGUAAUCCAUAGGAGGGAAACUGUUGCUACACAGACAAGACCAUGGGUCAGUUCCCAUCGUCCUGCUCUUUUGGUUUACACUGCCUAUACUGUGAUUUAUCCCUCUGGUCACAGCAAAGACGCAGUAAAACAUGAGGACCAAUACAACACCAAAGCACAGUCCAUGGAAGAAAAUAUUGCUAAAUUAGACUCCAUUAAAAUUAAAA